UCAGACUCCAUCCGUAAUCAAUCCGUUCGGUGUCCAGCGCUCGUGCAGUCGGUCUCGGUAAAAUUUACUGAAGACAACAUCCUGGAAUUUCGAUUCGAACCAAUCAACAAACAACCAACACCAUGGCAGAGCAGCUGAAAGAGACAAAAACGACGACGACGAGUCGCCGGGGACGGGUUCUUCCGGCCGACAGUUACACUACCACGGAUCCCACGCAACCGGUCAAGUUGCGCAUCGCCAAGGAGGGAGUUGCGUCGUUGGAUCCCCUAUCGGUGCCGGAGCUGGUGGACCGGACCGUGCGGGACUAUCCGGACCAUCCGGCCAUGAUGUUCAAAAAUGCACAGAAAAUGUGGCAGACCAUUACGUACCGGGAGUACCGAGAUCGAGUGCACAAGAUGGCUAAGGCGUUCAUCAAGCUGGGCCUGGAACCGCACCACACGGUUAGUGUGCUUGCCUUCAACAGCCCGGAAUGGUUCAUUUCCGAGCUGGCUGCCAUUCAUGCAGGUGGUAUCAUUACCGGUGUGUACACAACCAAUUCCGCCGAAUCGACUCAGCACGUGCUGGAGAAUUCCCGGUCCAACAUCGUGGUCGUGGAUGAUGCCAAGCAGAUGGAGAAAAUUUAUUCAAUCAAGAGCAAACUGCCGCUGGUGAAGGCUGUCAUCCAAACGAAUGGCCCGUAUGCGCCCUACGUCCGAAAGGAGGACGGUUACUAUCGG